GUUUCUUAUCCUGUAAUUAUUUCAAUGCUUUCUUUUUAGCCGCCCACAUGCAUGUCGCUCUCGUUCUCAACGCCAAUCGCUUUCUUUCAUAGAAGCUGACUAGACAAAACAUGGCAGUAGUCCCCAAUUCUACAAAGGAUAACACUGGGACUGUUGAAUACAUGAGACUGCACAUCACCCCUCUUAAUGAGUCUCUGCUAAGUGUUGUCGUCCCCUCUUCUGUCCUACCCAACGCGCGUAACAUCUCGUACCACACCAUUGAGGCUUUUCCCGAGAGGCAAUACGGCUUUAUCGACUUGCCCACCCCUGACGCUGAAAAAAUCAAGAAGAAACUUAACGGAACUAUACUGAGGGGAACCAAGAUGCGCAUCGAGAAAGCGAAACCCGAAUCCAUUCCCCAACCUACGGGCAAUGCCGAUGCGGGCGAGACAAAAAGGGAGAAGAGGAAAUCAAAGAAGAGGAAAUCAAAGAAGAGGAAGCGCGAGAUUGAUAAUACACCCGGAAUUGAAUUGGAGGAUCGCAAGGUCAAGCGAGGAUGGACAACAUCAGAACGCGAGAUGAUUGACGGAAAGCGCAAGAGAUCCAAGGAGAAGAAAGAUAAAAAGGAAAAGGGUACCAAGGAAGACAAAGACGCAAAGAAGAAGAAGAAGAGAGAAGUCAAGUCCAAGUAUACCGAUGCUCCCGAAUGUCUCUUCAAGACCAAGCUCCCGGAUGCUGGCGCUGCUCCUCCCAAGGCCAACGAAGAGGCUACUGGACACAAGAAGAAGAAAAGAAAAGCCGAACGAGAGGUCAUUAUUCACGAGUUUGAGAAGACCAUCAAGCAUCCGUCAUUCCUCAAGGCGAACGUAGAAAAAACCAAUUCGAAGGCACUGAACUUUGAGGACGGUGUUGGCUGGGUCGAUGAGAAUGGAACAGUUGUCGAGCCUAUAGUGAGCAAAAGACCUAGUGCCACUGCUUCCAAGACAGCUCCGACGGGGGUAGAGGAUGACGAUGAUACUAGCAGUAGUGGUUCUUCAGAAGAUGAUUCAGAAUCCGAUGAUUCAAGUGAAGCCGUUGCCCAGGAUUCAGACAGCAGCUCAGAUGAGGGGGAAGAGAGUGACAAGGAUGUUGAAACUAAGUCUCCGCCAAAGAAACUGAAAGUGGACACACAAGCCUUGAGCAGUCCGGUGUCCAAUAUGAAAUCCGAGUCUGCAAGGCCAAAAUCAUCAAGCUCAGUUACAAGUCUCACGAUCAAAAUACCCCCCGCGACACCAUCUUCAGCCAAGGUACAUCCCCUGGAGGCUCUGUACAAACGAACAAAGAACGAUGCGACUACCCCAGGUGGCGCCGCUCAAGAAGCCCAGCCUUUCAGUUUCUUUGAAGCCGAAGAGGAUGAAGUGGAGGAAGACGACAACGCGGAACCCCCCAGCCAACCUCCCAUGACCCCAUUCACCAAGCAGGACUUUGAAUUUAGAAACUUGCGAAGCGCUGCCCCCACCCCCGACACAGCACACCCAAGUCGCCGAACCUUCAACCUCUGGUCUAGGCAGGAUAUAGCGGAGGAGGAGGAGGAGGAGGCCGAUGACGAUGACGAAGAGCAGGGGGACAUCAACGAGGACACGGCUAUGGCUGACAUCAACGAUCAAGCCACGACUUCGAACGAGGAAAAGACUGGCCCGGCUACUGAUUUCCAAAGACAGUUCUGGGAGAGUAGAGGGGAUCUGAAUCGUUCGUGGAGGAAAAGGAGAAAGGCUGCGUCCAAGGAGAAACGGUAUAGGGAGAACCGGGCCCGCGCAGAACGAGCAAUUUAGUGAUGA